AGAGGCCGAGCCGCUGCGCAGAAGCGGGACCGGCGUUGGGCUAGCGGCGGGAGGCUGGGCUAGACCUGGAAGAGCUUGAAGCUGCACCUGGACCCGAGCCUGCCUCAGAGUCGUGAGCAUGCUGCGCUUCCUGGUGCCUGUGCCCCGACUGUUCUGCCUCUAUGGCAGGACUGCCCCAUACUCUUCGGCAGCCGCCCUCCCCAGCCCCGUCCUGAAUCCAGACAUCCGCUACAACCAGCUGUUCAUCAACAAUGAGUGGCAAGAUGCAGCCAGCAAGAAGACCUUCCCAACAGUGAACCCCACCACGGGAGAGGUCAUUGGCCACGUGGCUGAAGGGGACCGGGCUGAUGUGGAUCGGGCUGUGAAAGCAGCCCGUGAGGCCUUCCGCCUGGGGUCUCCGUGGCGCCGGAUGGAUGCUUCAGAGCGGGGCCGGCUGCUGAACCGCCUGGCUGACCUUGUGGAGCGGGAUCGUGUCUACCUGGCCUCACUGGAGACCUUGGACAAUGGGAAGCCUUUCCAGGAGUCUUAUGUCUUGGACCUGGAUGAGGUCAUCAAAGUAUACCGGUACUUUGCCGGCUGGGCCGACAAGUGGCACGGCAAGACCAUCCCUAUGGAUGGCGAGCAUUUCUGCUUCACCCGGCACGAGCCUGUUGGUGUCUGUGGCCAGAUAAUCCCAUGGAACUUCCCCUUGGUCAUGCAGGGCUGGAAGCUCGCCCCAGCGCUUGCCACAGGCAACACUGUGGUCAUGAAGGUGGCAGAGCAGACCCCCCUUUCUGCCCUGUACUUGGCCUCCCUCAUUAAAGAGGCGGGCUUUCCCCCUGGGGUGGUGAACAUCAUCACUGGCUAUGGCCCGACGGCAGGAGCGGCCAUCGCCCAGCACAUGGAUAUUGACAAAGUUGCCUUCACCGGCUCCACUGAGGUGGGCCACCUGAUCCAGAAGGCGGCUGGCGAUUCCAACCUGAAGAGAGUCACCCUGGAGCUGGGCGGGAAGAGCCCCAGCAUCGUGUUGGCCGACGCUGACCUGGGCCAUGCUGUGGAGCAGUGCCACGAAGCCCUAUUCUUCAACAUGGGCCAGUGCUGCUGUGCAGGCUCCCGGACCUUCGUCGAAGAAUCCAUCUACGAUGAGUUUCUCGAGAGAACUGUGGAGAAGGCUAAGCAGAGAAGAGUCGGGAACCCCUUUGAGCUGGACACUCAGCAGGGGCCCCAGGUGGACAAGGAGCAAUUCGAACGAAUCCUGAGCUAUAUCCGGCUUGGCCAGAAGGAGGGGGCAAAACUUCUCUGCGGUGGGGAGCGUUUGGGGGAGCGUGGUUUCUUCAUCAAGCCCACGGUCUUUGGUGGUGUGCAGGAUGACAUGAGGAUCGCCAGAGAGGAGAUCUUUGGGCCUGUGCAGCCCCUGUUUAAAUUCAAGAAGAUGGAGGAGGUGAUCGAGAGGGCCAACAAUACCAGAUAUGGCUUGGCUGCCGCCGUGUUCACUCGGGACCUGGACAAAGCCAUGUACUUCACACAGGCACUCCAGGCUGGCACAGUGUGGGUAAACACCUACAACAUUGUCACCUGCCACACGCCAUUUGGAGGGUUUAAGGAAUCUGGCAAUGGGAGGGAGCUGGGGGAGGAUGGGCUAAAGGCCUACACCGAGGUGAAGACAGUUACCAUCAAGAUUCCUCAGAAGAACUCAUAAGAAUGGCCACCACAGAGACCCUCCUCCAGUCCAGGAAUUCCAUAAUCACCUAGACCAGCGGUUGCCAAAUCAUUUUUUAGCCCCAGCCCCCACUUUAUUUGUCCCAAAUGAACUCUUUGAGGGAAGCUCACCAAAUAAAGCAAUUGAAAUGAGA